AUGCUUCAUUGGUCUGAGUCGUUAGAAAUGGGACCUCUUCUCCCCAACCCAACCUUACUCCUCUCCUUUUCUUUCCUCCAUGCCUUCUUCUCUCUCUAUUCACGUUCUACAGCGAAUUCUACAACCACCAGCAUGACUGUUACUGGAGACAACUGGCAGUGCUCGGAUGUAAAUGCACUUGUUGGCAUACCAUUGGAACAAUUCAGCAACAUCAAUACGGAGAUAGAUUGCAACCAGCCAUUGGUUAAAGGCAGUGUCCUUAAGCUGGAUGAUGCUCCUAACAUCCCCUGCACUGCUUUCUUCUACGCCCUCAACGGCGACACCUGUUCAUACGUCACCAGCCAGCUCGGCUUGAGCAUCGAAGACCUUGUUAAUCUCAACCCCGGCCUCAACUCUUUGUCGGACCUCAAUGCGGGCCAGUCAGUGUGCGUCGAGCGCAGCUCUGCUUUCGCCUACAAGGUCCCCGAGUGUCUGAGAUACGACACACUGACAACGAGCGACACGUGUGAGGUGCUGCUUCGAAGAACCGCCAAGGAGCCGGGUGGGGCUGUCACUGGAAGGAACUGGGCUGACCUGUACCGCAACAAUCCCGGCCUCACUUGCUCCAGCACCAUCCCUGGCAACAUGAAAGUGCAGAUUUGUUUAAGGGCAGAGUAUUGUGUGAUUGUGUCUUACUGUGAUCCUUUCUAA